AUGCUGGGUGUUGUUUUCUGGCAGGGUGCUGCAUCGGGCCCUGGCAAGAUCCCCUCCAGCUCGGACACUGCCAUCAAGGUUGCUACUUCGGGCGGCACGGGCAUGUACGGUAUCGAGCUUAUGAUCAUUACUCUCGUUACCCUCGCCCAGGCACUUUCUUCGAGCUCCCGCGCUGUUUCGAUCACUGGUCUGCUCAUCUUCUGGCGCAGUAUCAUGGGCAUUGGCAUCGGUGGUGACUGUCCCCUCUCAUCAAUCAUUACUUCGGAGUAA